GCAAACGGGGUGGAUGAAGCCCUCGGCGGUGUCAUGCGUCUUGCCCCGCAGCCCAGCGCGCAACCCUUGCGGCUAAUAGUUCUGAUCCUCUUCCUCGCCACGCGCGCGAACACAUCCCCGGUGCUGUCCACGGGCUGCCCGGACAGGUGCGUGUGUGAUGACCAGCUGGUGGUUCAAUGCGCCGGGCAGCACCUGACCACCUUCCCGGUCAACUUGCCGCUGGCCACGCGGCAGCUCAUCAUCUCCAACAACCGCAUCGUGGAGCUACCGCCGCUCGCGCUCAACUACCUCUCUGAUCUGGUGUACCUGGACUGCAGCAACAACUCCCUAACCGAGAUAUCCGAGUCCACGUUUGGGAAUCUACGGAAGCUGGCCUACCUGGACCUCUCCUUCAACACCUUGACCCGGAUCGAGGACAGGACGUUCGGGCCCUUGACGAGCCUGGUGAUGCUGAGAAUGACGGACAACCCGGGGCUCUCGGAGAUUCAUCCGGACGCCUUUGUAGAGAACACGGCCCUGCAGGUGCUGGAUGUGGGUCGGAACAACCUGACAGUCCUCAACAUCACCUCCCUAAUCGCGCUGCCCGCCCUGCGCUCCGUAGGUCUCAGUGGGAACCCGUGGAGCUGCGAGUGCGACAACGAGGACCUGUGCCUGUGGGUCCACCUGGAGGGCUUCAAGUUCCAAGAUGAGGGACAGACGGUGUGCGGCUCACCUGCUGACAUGCAGGGUCGUCGUCUGGGUGAGGUCGGCCUCCAGCUACGGACGUUAUGUCACCAGACUCUGGGCUCCUGGGACUAUCUUUUCUUUGUGGUCAUUGGCUUUGUCAUCUUCGCUGCUGGCACGGUGUCGGCCUGGGUGAUGGGCGUCAUUAUGGUGCUCUAUGAGCGCUACAUCAAGAAGAAAGAUGAACAGCUGGACGUGGACGACGACGAGGAAACCAUCGAGAGCGGCCGUACCUCACGUACCAGGAGUGACCAUGGCAAUGGGAAUUUGAAAACAUCACAUACUGUGUGAAAGAUUUAUUCAUCCCCUGCACGCCAUGGAUUCCUACAGUGCCUCCUGUCAACUUCCAGGACUGUCUGUGAAGUCUAAUCACACUCCUGUCACACUGAGUCUGUGUAACAGGCUCAACACCGAAGGGGGAGGAUUCAACAGAAACGAGGCAUGUCUGUCCUCUGAUUUAAAGUGUGCUUUAAGUGUGCUGAGGUGAGGUAACACACACUUGGGCUGCCAUUGUUGAGGUCCUGAGCCCUUUGUUAUUACUGAUUAUGUAUGCAGACCCUUUAUGGUUUAUCACUCAGGGCGAGCAGGAAGGCUAUUACCCAAACUCUUUUACAUUGGUCUAACCAACAGAGAAUUAUUUUAAUGGUUAACAGCAUAAUAUGAUUAGCUAAUGGUCCCAUUCACACAUUUUAGAAAAGUGUCAAGAAGUUUCACAUAUUUUGUACCUAUUGACCUUAUUGCCUGGAGUUAGAUGACAGAGAUUGAUACCACUCCAAUUCUUUGUUAAAUAUGAAGCUGCAGCCUGAGGCCCCUCGCUUUAUCUAGCAUAAAACCUGAAAACAGUGAAAUCGCUAGCCUUGCAAAUAGUCCUUGACACUGCUGACUGCGUAAAACAUGAACAAAGUCUUUGUGACAUCACCCAUUGUUUUCUGAACAGGACAUUUUGAAGCACAUCAAUUGAAAUGCUAUCCUAACCAAACUAUUGAUCAAUCUAGAAACAGGCAAAGAGGUGGGGUUGAACAUUUCGCCAAAUUAUAAUCAAAACGGAUGAGUCUUAAAAAAAUGUAACUGCAGUUUUUUGUAUUUCUGCUGCAUUGGCUUGAUG